AUGACCAAUGCUCAAUUCCAACUUUUCCCACCCCCUGCUCCCCAGGGGGUCCCCAAAAAUCCUUUCCGAAAGGGCACCAGAAGACCAUCAAUUGACACUCACUCGACAUCUUCAACGCCACUCGAAGACCCCAAGACCACAGGCACUGAAGCGAAGGCCGUGGUCUUUCAAGUCAUCGAGCCGCAUAGCAUAAAGCCCCCACCGAAGGCACAUGUACCUGCUCCACCACCGCAGUCUGUUACUCCCGAACCAGAGCAUGCACCUUCCACGGAGUCGCUAUAUAGUUCCAGCCCGCAACCAGGGAGGGGCGGGACUCCAACAAAAGAGACCAACCCAUAUCCUAGCCAGGGCGAUAGGGGUGAUUCCGAAGGACUUGGAGCUACCCAGUGCUCUCCACAGUCGUACAUCUCUCCGAUUGUUCCCAUAAAAUCGAUGUUUCCGCAGUUCAACCCCAACGUGCCACUCAGCCAAGAACAAUACAACAGCGACGUCUCGAACAAUUUUUCGCGACCCCGUCACCGACCCGCUCGGCUCAGACUAGAUAUAACACCGGCUCCAGAGAUUGAUCGAGCACUUGGGCCGAAUACCGUGCCAGCCGACAUCCAUGACUUCCCUGGCGGCAUCCUCUCGCCAGCUGGCAUUCAAUAUUCAGAUCCCGAGCAGCUCAAGGCGCUAUGGGAAACCGCAAAUGGACAGAAAACCGAUAGCCUCUCGAAGACUUUCAAUCUUCGGAUGGAGCGCCUCGACCCUGCAACAUUCGUCUUCGGUGACCCAAACUUACCAUUCUAUACUAUGCAAACGUUCUCUACGAACGAAGUGUCCAUCACCAGAGGGAAUCCCUCAAUUCCUAAUAGUAACAUACCCAUCAUGAUGCUCCAGCUUGAGGACCGGCGUCGUCGUGAGCCUCCAAACGAUGGCCUAGUCUCUCACCUCUUCUCACGACUUGCCGCCAUGCUCGCAAUUGAUCAGGCAACAGAACUUUCAGGCCAACACCAACUGUCACCUCCCGAUGCUGCGGAAGUGGAGGCAAAUGCUCUGAGACGAGCAGCCGCGCUAGAAUCAUAUAAACUCUUAUGGAACGCGAUGAAUGGGGUUUACGAAUUACGCCACCCAUCUUUGAAUAAACAGUCUCAAAACCAACCAUCCCAACCCGCGACACCACCCUCUCUAGUCGGCGCAGCAGGAAUCCCACUCUCUCCCAGCCGGCCUCAGCACCAGAGCGGUGGUGCUCUACACAUCAGCGUUUCAACCCCAACAAACCAAGGACGACCCCAAGCACCGACAAUCGUCGUCACGGCGCCACUCCCGAACAAUGCAAUUGACGUCGCUACUGUGGCAUCACCACGUAUUUCUACCCUCCCCCUAUCAGGGUCCGAGUCAGAAUCAGACGAGGCCCUUGCCUCCCUUGACCUCCGCACAAUGACCCUCUCGAUUUCAGCACCGGCAAUUAAUAGAACCAUCCCUUCCUUAUACGCUAUUGACUCGAUCAUCGCCGCUAUACUUGCUAUAGCAGUCUCGGACGUUUCCACAAACCCUGUGCUAGCUGAUAUGCCGUUGUACAAUGCCUCCAAACCACAAACGCGGGUGCCGACACCACCAGAACCUACUUAUACAAACGCGGCCACCAACAGACCCAAGCUCUUCGCAACCCUUGCAGAGCGCGAAGACAACGACGAUACCGCUGCCCCUCCGCUCGCCCUCCCGUCACAAACACAACCUCAAAUUCCAACAAAAUCCCAUCGAAAAUGGUACUCGUGGUCUCUUCUCCGCUCAAGAAUCUCUGAAAUCCAACACUCUCGCCGCCAGAAGAAAGCGAAGUCUAACCAAUCACCAACGUCCCCGGUCGUCGAAGAAAUCGAUCUAGAAAAGUACGGCAUCGGGCCAAAAAGCGAUAAAAGAAAAGAAGAAGAAGAAGAGCUACCGGGCCCCGCCCGAGGCCUCGUCAAACUUUUCUGCUGGGGCUUCAAGAUCAUGUUCUGGGCGUUAACGGUGGCGUUCAAGAUCCUCAGUUGGGUGUUGGGCGUGGUGUAUAGACGUGUAACAGGCGAGAAAGCCUCGAGCUGA